AUGUCUCUUUCUGGGGAUAUCAAAAUCUCAAUCAAAGCGAAAUUGCUUCCCGUGGAUCGAAACAGCUUUGUGUGGUUCAACACCAACUUUAUUACCGAUCGUGUCACUAUUUUUUCCGUAGAUGAGGUGGAUUUAUCAAAGUCUUCCUCUUCCUCUUCAUCAUCAUUUUCAUCAUCUUCAUCUUCAUCAUCAUCAUCUUCUUCUUCUUCCUUCUCAUCCUUGUCUUCCUCCACUUCCACACGGUCUGCAGGAGAAGCAGACACGGUCUAUGGCAUCGCGCCCGAUGGGACCGAGCAGCGCUUCCAGAUUCGUUGUUUGUUUUCGGAUAACGAGUUGCUCGAGACCGAAGACCUUCUUCGACUCCAGAACGAGCUGGCUAACUCCAAGAACGACGAACUCGAGCCGGUACCGAGCCUUCAUGGAAGCGGAAUCUUCCAGAAGGCGCAGUCCUUCGCGUACAAGCUGGCGCGCGUCUCGCCUGUUCCUUCUCUCACCGGAGUUCGCUCAGUCUCGCCUCCUUUGUCAUCCCAUCAAAACUCUGCUUCCUCUCUCGAAGAGAGUGUCUCGCGCAGAACCUUGAAUACGGCAACCUCGAUGUCGGUGGGAGGCGAGGAGGAGCAAAGCGGGCAGAUGCUGGAAAUGGUGGGGAGAGCCCGGUCAGCGAACGGAAUCAACACCGAGCUGGUGAUGCGGGAUAAGUCCACCGUGGCGCUACGGCAGAAGAUGAAGAUGAAAAGCCUGCAUGAGAGCGAGGAAUACAAGCAUUCUCUCAAUUCGAGAACUACGAAGGACACAGAAAAGGAGGGAGAGAAACACCGGAGGGAGAGCGAGAGUAGCGAUGAAAUAUAUCUUGAUCCUGAGGAAGAGGAGGUAGCAAAGUAG